AUGGAUAAGAAGUAUAAGAGUUCUCGUUGGAGUAUUCAUGGAGAAAAAAGAGAUUCUGCAGAAGACAGUGUUCUUCAAUAUGAAACAGAGGCGUUUGAUUUGUUUAAGACAACAUUCUCCAUGGACGAAGGUGGUCCAAACCCGACAACUGACAACGAAGACGAUGAAGCACCAGAGGAAAUUGAGUUUAAGAAAAAGCUCAGAGACGCUCAAACGCCAUUAUACUCGGAUUGUCUCAAGCACACAAAGGUUUCAGCUAUCAUGGGACUUUACAGAUUCAAGGUUAAAAGUGGUGUGUCGGAGAACUACUUUGAUCAGCUGUUGGUUUUACUUGAGGAUUUGCUACCUGAAGACAAUGUUCUUCCCAAGAGUUUAGCUGCAAUCAAGAAAUUUCUGAAGAUCUUUGGGUUCGGCUACGACAGUAUUCAUGCUUGCAAGAAUGAUUGCAUAUUGUAUAGGAAGGAGUAUGAGAACCUAGAAAGCUGUCCAAGAUGCAAAGUUUCAAGAUGGGAAAUGGAUAAGCACAGUAAUGAGUUAAAGGUGGGGAUUCCGGCAAAGGUCCUUAGAUAUUUUCCAAUCAAGGACAGGUUUAGGAGGAUGUUUAGAUCACAAAGGAUGGCUGAAGAUCUGCGUUGGCACUAUACCAAUGCCACUGAAGAUGGUACAAUGCGGCACCCUGUUGAUUCUAUCUCUUGGGCACAAGUGAAUGCUAAAUGGCCAGACUUUGCUGCUGAUCCACGGAAUCUUCGACUUGGGAUUUCUACAGAUGGGAUGAACCCUUUCUCCAUGCAAAGCACCAAUCACAGCACAUGGCCAGUGUUGUUAGUGAACUAUAACACGCCUCCAACCAUGUGUAUGAAGGCUGAGAAUAUAAUGCUGACUUUGUUGAUCCCUGGUCCUACUGCUCCUGGUAACAACAUUGAUGUUUACCUAGCACCACUGAUAGACGAUCUAAAGGAUUUGUGGGCUGAGGGUAUUGAAGUGUAUGACUCAUUUGCGAAGGAGAACUUUAAUCUCAGAGCCUUGCUGCUUUGGAGUAUCAGUGACUAUCCAGCCUUAGGAACACUGUCUGGAUGUAAAGUAAAGGGGAAACAAGCCUGCAAUGUAUGUGGAAAGGAUACACCUGCAAGGUGGCUUAAGUUUAGCCGCAAGUUUGUCUACAUGAGUAACAGAAGGAGACUACCGCCUGGCCAUCGUUACAGAUAUAAAAAAGCUUGGUUUGACAACACUGUGGAGGAAGGGAAUGCUAAUAGGAUACAAACAGGCGCUGAGAUAUAUGAGACACUACAAGCUUUUACGAAUGAUUUUGGUAGACCUCUAGAGAAGGAAAAAAAAAGGAAAAGACUAGAGUUGGAAGAUGAUGAGAGGUUACAAGAAGAAGAGUGUGAAGAAUCAAAUGAACUAUGGCGGUGGAAGAAGAGAUCAAUAUUCUUUGAUCUACCUUACUGGAAGGAGUUGCCUGUUCGUCACAAUAUUGAUGUUAUGCACGUAGAAAAGAAUGUGUCCGAUGCUAUAUUGUCUCUGUUGAUGCAAAGUGCGAAGUCAAAAGAUGGGUUGAAAGCAAGAAAAGACUUAGAAGAUAUUGGAAUCAGAAAGCACUUGCACACAGAGGUGAGGGGAAAGAAAACAUACUUACCUCCUGCUGCCUACUGGUUAUCGAAGAGAGAGAAGACCAUUUUCUGCCAAAGGUUAGCUAAGUUUAGAGGCCCUGAUGGUUAUUGUGGUAAUAUUGCGAAUAGUGUUUCAGUUAACCCUCCAAAUAUUGGUAGUUUAAAGUCGCAUGAUCAUCAUGUCUUAGUACAGAACUUGUUACCAGCUGCAUUAAGAGGGUUGUUACAUAGGGGUCCUAGGAUAGCCAUAAAUAGAUUAUGCAGUUACUUCAACAGGUUGUGUCAGCGCAUCAUUGACCCAGAGAAACUUAUAUCCAUGGAGACAGAGUUUGUGGAGACAAUGUGUCAGCUGGAGCGCUUCUUCCCUCCAGCCCUUUUUGAUAUCAUGUUUCACCUUCCACUACAUUUAUCAAGAGAGGCACGGUUGGGAGGACCAGUUCACUUCCGAUGGAUGUAUCCCUUCGAAAGGUACAUGAAAACACUAAAGGCUUUUGUUAAGAAUUAUGCAAGGCCAGAAGCAUGUAUGGCUGAGGCGUAUUUAGCUGGAGAAUGUGUUGCAUUUUGUUUAGAGUUCCUUAAAGAAUCAGUACCAGUUCAAGAAGCAGUUAAUCGUAAUGAAGAUGUUGAGGCUGAUAGAAUGGUGGUUGAAGGCCGACCUCUGCAGAAGGGUAUAGAGGUUACCCUGUCAGAUAAAGAUAGAGACAUUGCACAUCGAUAUGUGCUAAUGAACAUGGCAUCUUUGGAUCCCUUUCUUGAGUAA